UAUAAGAUAUGCGUUUCUUUCGUUUUCUGGGUGUAAACACCGCCUACGCCACUAGGUGGCGGUAGUGCACCUUAAUGGCGGCUGUCCACCACCAAAAGAAUCCGAGGAUGAAGACGAAGAAGGUUAGCUUCGGCGCUGGUUAGCUGGCUGCGUGGUUAAUUUAUGGUUCAUUCGGCGUCAGUGCGAACCAGUACCAACGAGAACCUGGACUUCCCUACAGCAGUUCAGCUCCUAUCGCAGCUUUGUCAAGCAGUAAGAAUUAUUCAUCCAAACUGUCUGUUCAGCCCUGUGCCAUGGGAGCUGAUAAAAGGCUCAGCCGAGGUGAACGUAGUGGGAGAUAUGGCUCAAAUGGAGGGCGAGACGACGCAGAGUGGCAUGACAGAAGAAACCGAGAGGCAGACAGGGAUUAUGACCGCCGCUGGGGUGACGACAGACACCGAGAACGCUUUGACGAACGCAGAGGAGACAGAAUGCAGAGGGACAGUCCUGAGAGGGGACGAAAGCGACACAGUAGCGACAGGUCUGAUGAUGAAUUUGACGGGGAUUAUCCGGACCAGAAUUACAAGAUGGAGCAUGAGGAGGAGGAGAGCAAGACCAUUAUGCUCAGGGGUCUCUCUCUCCACGUCACAGAGGAUGAUAUCCGGGCAGCACUUGAGCAGCUGCAGGGGCCCCAGCCAGUGGAUAUCCGGUUGAUGAAGAAAAGGACAGGUAUAAGCCGUGGUUUCGCCUUCGUGGAGUUUUAUCACUUGCAAGAUGCUACCCGAUGGAUGGAGACCAAUCAGAACAGGCUGGUGAUCCAGGGAAAAAGCAUUGCCAUGCAUUACAGCAACAGGAAGCAGAAGUUUGAAAACUGGCUUUGCAAUGCUUGUGGCUUGUACAAUUUCCGGAAGAGGCUGAAGUGUUUUCGAUGUGGAGCAGUCAAAGUCGAGGGAGAGUCUGCUGGGGCAAGUGGUGAAAAUGCUGAGUCUCAACAACCUGGGGAUUACAAUGGAGACACAAUAAUUUUGAGAAAUAUUGCCCCACUUUCAUCGAUUGAUGCGAUUUUGAACAUGUUGGCACCUUAUGCCAACCUGUCUGUGGGCAACAUCCGCCUCAUCAAAGACAAGCAAACAGGACAGAACAGAGGCUUCGCCUUUGUUCAGCUCUCAUCUCCCUUGGAGGCUUCUCAGCUCCUCACCAUUCUCCAGAGCCUCCAGCCACCCCUAAAACUCGAUGGAAAGACAAUCGGUGUGGAUUAUGCCAAGAGCGCUCGGAAAGACUCUCAGCAGGAUUUAGUUAGAGCCAGUGCUCUCUCUGUCGCCUCCACAGCCAUUGCUGCUGCUCAGUGGUCCUCCAGCCAGUUGCAACAGGGGAUAAGUACCACUUCUGAAUACACAUCACUACCGGAGGGCUUCGCUCAGUAUGCACAGGGACAGAAUUUUCAGUUAUGGCCACAGCAGCCUGAGGGCCUGGCACCAGUUGUGGGAGACGGACUAUUAGGAGCCGCUCCAGGGGUGAAGACUUUAAUUCCGGCAGCCACGGGGGUGGUGGUGGCCCACGCUGCUCAGGUUUAUCAGGCAGUCAUUAUCAGCCAGCCUGACAUACAGACACACCAGUUAGUAGGACAGAUCCAUGUGGCACAACAGCCUGUAAACGCUACCACCUCCUCACCAGCAACAUCAACAGCCUCCACAGUUGAUGCCGCUCCUGCUUCAGCAUCACCUGUUGUCCCCGAUACCUCAAAUUACCAAUACGAUGCGUCAUCAGGCUACUAUUAUGAUCUACACACUGGCCUCUACUAUGAUCCUAACAGCCAAUACUACUACAACUCUCAAACCCAGCAAUUCCUGUACUGGGACAGUGAAAAGCAGACGUACAUCCCCGCGCCGGCCGCCUCAGACGCUCCUGCAGAACAAACCUCCACAGCAAGCACUACAGAUGGCUCCACAGCUGCAGUCACCACAACCCCCAAAGAGCCCAAGGAGAAGAGAGAAAAACCCAAGAGCAAGUCUGCGCAGCAGAUUGCUAAAGACAUGGAACGCUGGGCGAAAACCUUGAACAAACAAAAGGAAGGCUUUAAGAGUAGCUUCCAAGCCAUAGGGCAGUCUAAGGAGGAGGAGAGGAGGGAGUCUGCUGCCGCUGAUGCCGGCUUCACCCUCUUUGAGAAGAAGCAAAGUGGGAGCUUGGCGAUGCAGCUUAUUCUGAAUGAACCACUGAAGAUGAUGGAACAAGACAACUUAAUCAAGAUGCAGAGUGGCCUGGUAGCAUCCUACAGUGGGGACAGUGAUCCAGAGGAGCUGGGUCCAGAUAGGGCAGAGGAUGAAGCAGACAAGAUGACAGACUGGAAAAAGAUUGCCUGCCUGCUUUGUCGACGGCAGUUCCCCAGUACAGAUGCCCUGUUGCGUCAUCAGCAGCUCUCUGACCUGCACAAGCAAAACUUGGAAAUUCAGAGAAGAUCCAAGCUCUCGGAAGCUCAGCUGGAGGAGUUGGAGAGGAAAGAGACUGAGCUGAAAUACAGAGACAGAGCUGCAGAGAGAAGGGAAAAGUACAGCGUUCCUGAGCCUCCUGCACCAAAGAAGAAGAAAUCCUAUCAACCUCCAACCCCCGCAGUAAACUACGAGCAGCCCACCAAAGACGGUCUGACCACUGACAACAUUGGAAACAAGAUGCUGCAGGCGAUGGGCUGGCAGGAGGGCAGGGGUCUUGGACGUCACCAACAGGGAAUAACAGCUCCCAUCUCGGCUUCAUUAAGGACCAAGGGCACUGGACUGGGUAUCAAGGGAAGUUCAUAUGAACUCUCACCAUCUGACACAUACAAGGACGCCGUUCGGAAGGCAAUGUUUGCACGGUUCACUGAAAUAGAGUGAAAUUGGGAUAGACAAACCAGUGUCAACCCUGGAAUUUUACUAGCCAGCUGAUUCCAGCUCCGAGAAGGACCGUAAUAAUAAUAAUCGUUACAUUCAUACAGCGCUUUUCUAGACACCCAAAGCACGUCACAUUGAAGGGGGUAACUCACUUCAACCACCACCAAUGUGUUGCACCCACCUGGGUGAUGCACGGCAGCCAUUUUGCGGCAGAAUGCUCACCAUACAUCAGCUUGAGGUGGAGAGGGACGAAUCAUUGAGCCAAUUACGUGGGGGAAAUUACACUGCACUGUGGAUGUCAAGUCAAGUCAAUUUUAUUUGUGUAGCCCAUUAUCACAAAUUACACAUUUGCCUCAUUCCCCCCCCCCCCAAACUGCCUUAGAAAAUGUCAAAGUAUUUCUUUACCCUAACUGAAGCUAAUUUCUGGUUUGUGUGUGUGUAAGUUUCUGUUCUAUUUCAUAUGUCAUUAGUUGAUUACCAUUUAAUUGAUGAUGUACAGUUUGUAUAAUUUGUACAUAAAAUGUGGCCUUACUGGGCUUCUCUGCUUUUUGCGUCAGAUGGAUCUGUUUUCUUGAA